AUGGGUGCAAACGUUGCUGCUGAAGAGGAUGGUGACCACAUUACAAGCACAUUAUACAACACAAGAGUAAAUUCUAUGUUGUACCAUGACAGCACCACUCAGGAGCAGGAGGCAGACGUUGAUAAGCCUCUCUAUCAUCACAUUAGGCCUACUUUGAGCUCUAACGCAUCAUUUGAAAACAAAGUGUCUUUUGAUACGAUGCACACGCCACGGUUUGUCAAAAAUGUUCAGACAUACGCCCUGAAAGUGAGCCAUGCAGAAUAUAACUACUCCCGUACCAGCAGGACAGUUUUGGUUGCCUAUGAUGACGAAAGCUGGUCCAUGACCGCUUUGAAAUGGGUCAUCGAUGAGUUAAUGAACGACGGUGACAUGGUAAUAUGCCUUUGGAUAAUGGAUAGAGAAGAAGACCAUUAUAAGAAUGAGGCUGCGAAACUAUUAGAAAGGAUGGCUGCUCUCAAUGAACAUCAAAAGAAGAUUGAAAUUGUGCUAGAAGUUUCUAUUGGCAGGGCCUCUUAUUAUAUUACUAAAGCAACCACGGAGUAUGAGCCAGAAAUGCUUGUUGUUGGAACUGAUCGUUACCAUGCUCGGUGGGGGCUGAAAGAACUAAUUGCCCCUCAAUCAAUGUGCAAAUAUUGUUUGGAAUACGCACUUGUUCCUGUGAUCAUAGUGAAUUCUGACUAUGAAGCACUGAGUACCAGCCAUUCCAACCUUGGUUCGCCGUUACCUGCCAUGACCACCGCGCCGUCAGUUAGCGAUCUACAAUCCCGACUAGAGGAGUUACAAAUGUUAGAGACUAAUACACAGUACCAUAAGCAGUACUUUGCCAACAGAUUGAAGACUGUCAAAGUAAACUACAAGGCUCACCAUAGAGAGUCUAGAAUUGGAAGAUCUUUGGAGAAGUUUACGGAAGUUAUACGACUACCUCGAGCCAGUUCCCGGUCAAAAACGAGGAAUGCUUCAAGAGAAGCCAGUGUUUCCCGAUUCAGAUAA